GAGUUAGACAUGCGCAUUGGAGAAGGACCGCGGGGCUUUUGCGCGUUGCUCGAGAAGACCAAACUAAAGUGGAUGUUGGCAUCAGCUGUUGUCUGCUUCUGUUUCAUGUUGUGUAAAAAUGGCCGGAAUUAAAGCUCUUGUUAGCUUGUCCUUUGGGGGAGCAAUUGGUCUUAUGUUUUUGAUGCUUGGUUGUGCCCUGCCCGCCUACAACAAAUACUGGCCCCUGUUUGUUUUGUUUUUUUAUGUUCUUUCUCCAAUCCCAUACUGUAUAUCAAGAAGAGUAGUGGAUGACACAGAUGCUGCAAGUAAUGCAUGUAAAGAACUGGCUAUUUUCCUGACAACUGGGAUAGUUGUCUCAGCGUUUGGACUGCCUAUAGUCUUUGCUAGAGCAGAACUGAUUGAAUGGGGUGCAUGUGCACUUGUGCUCACAGGAAAUGGUGUCAUUUUUGGAACAAUACUAGGGUUCUUCUUAGUUUUUGGCAACAAUGAUGAUUUCAGUUGGCAGCAGUGGUGAUUAAGACAAUACAAACCUAUGCUAAUGUGUUUAAGUUGAGCACUGCAGGAAAAAUAAGAAUAAUAACGUCCGAGAAUAGCUUUUUUUUCUUAUCGAGCAGUCAUCCUUGCAGCAAAAUUAAGCCGUGCAAUAAACGGAAACAGCAUAACUGUCAUAAAGUGUAUUCAGAUAUUCUGGCUAUUCCUUACAAAGAAUAAAAUAAAAACAAAAAUGGUUGAAACCCUCUGGCUUUUGGGUUUAAGCUAGUCCACGUAUCAAGUGCUGUCCUUGAAAGUAAAGAUGCCAAAGGGUGGCAACUGAGCAAGCUAGUGAGUAGGGUGGCAUUAGCAGCAUGUAAAAGAGCAGAACUACUGCUUCUUCCCCCAGUAAGAGACAUUCAUAAUUUCAUUGUUUUCUUUGUCGAAAAGACGCACAGUUGGAUGUGUCAAAUGGAAGGCUUUGUUUUCCUUUAAAAUCAUCACUUUCAUUUAUAACGCUCAAUAUAUUUUCCAUGUGAUUCAAACGUGUUUCUGUAAAAUACCAAUAGUACUUUUUUAUAGAAUUUGUGUGUGUGUAUAUAUAAAAUAAAAUUACAGUUUAAGACUGCUGUUAAUUCCUGCUUGGAGGAGCACUUUGAAUCUCAUAAUACACAGCAUAUGGUUCUGUUUGCUUUAUUGUUGCCAUCUCACUGGGUGCGGCUGCUUUUUAAAUAAUUUUACAAAUACGGAGAAGACAUACUUUAAUCUGAUGCCAUUAAUUAAUGAAGCUUUUGAGGUGCCUGUGAACUUGACAAGUAUGUUUUAUUUGUUUUUUUUUUUUCUUUUUAUAUAAUGUUUGUCCCCUUAAAAUAUUAUGAAAGAAUGUUUCAUAAUAAUGAUAUGUAUCAUUUAACACUCUUUGUACAGUCUAGCCAAACAGUGCUUUGCAUUUUACUUGUUUGCCUGCCAGGCACGCUCAAGUUUCAGGCCCAAUAUGAGCAGCAAUCCACUUGUAUGUGCAGUGCUUGCAUGGUUGAGUAAAAUAAUUUCUUGGCAUUUAGAAAACUUAAUCUUCAAUACUGCACUUCCCACCAUUAAUCCUUUAACUGUGCAGUAGUCUCUUCUUGAUAGUAAAGCAUUGAAAAAUGUCACUUCAUGUACUAAACGAUCUGGCUGACAUCUUUACUGGUCUGGUGUAAAAGCUACUGCUAUGUAUUUUAAGCUGCUCUCUGCCAGAAGACCUUGACUAAUAUCUUUUUUUUUUUUGUUUUCUAAACCUUAAACUCUUACUAUUCCCAUAUGUAUGAAACCAAAAUCGUUUGUGAUAACUGGUAUAAAUAUGUAUAAAUACACUUCUACAUGACUUCUACUUGUCAGUUUCCUUGAAUGAGUGUGCGAUACCACUGUUCGAUUAUUGUUUUUUUUCACUGAGCUGCUAUGGCACUGUGUACUUUACACUCAUAAAUCAAUAUUUUUGGGGGGUGAAAAGUAAUGAAAGAAUCUGCAUUUAAUCCCAAAUUUUGUUUUUUUAAUUAAUGAUGUAUAAACACAUACCACCCACUGAGUGAUUCAGUUUUACAGCACAAAUUGCCACAGGAGCUCUGAUUUGGCAACAUAUGCAUAUUGGCAGAAUCUCUCCAGAUAUCGUAGUAUCGAGGUGAACUGAAAAAAAACUGCCAAGUUUUCAUUUUAAUUUUUUUUUUUUAUAUUUUAAUACAAAGUUCUUGGUUUGUACAAACCAAAAGCUGGUUUCCGCUGUCCGUUGAGGUUUCAAUUUUCUGUAUUAAUUUUAUUGUGUAGUUAACUUCAUGCAGACUUGUUAUGCUUAAUUUGCAACACUUAAUUGCCUGUAAUACGUCUGUAUAUUUGGUAUUUGUUUUUUGCUGUAUGCUUUUACCACGUAGGCUGUUGUCUUUUAUAUAAGUUUCCUAUAACAUGCACUGAACUGUAUUGCCAUUGUGAUAAAUCUGGGACAUUUUCAAGGAAAGAGAAUAAAUAAGUUUUUUGAGUAC